AUGGCUACACACAACAUGUUUUCCGCCCAGUCCAAAGAAGCUUAUUUAGCUCCUUUAGUAGGCCUCCCAGUAAAUGCUGACUCUAAAGGCCAAAGCUGUGUUAACUGCACAAGUAAUGAUCGUUAUACUGUAUCACAUGAAGUAGUUGAGUCUAAAUCCAGUACAGACCCUUUAGUUUCGAACGCAAGCGGUUUAAUUGCCAGCAAAGAACAUACAGAAGGGCAAAGUGAAUUUACUAACUUUAAUGAAGACAACAUAUUACAUGGCUGCGAUCAAAAUACAGUUUUGAAAUCUGUUGUAGAACCUAAAGGAGAAGAACGAAUUUUAAGCACAGGGGAGCAUAAUAAUUUAGGUUUUGAAAAAAGAAUCAAAGAAGUGAUUCAACACGAACGCUCAAAAGAUAUUGUGGAUACAUCAGACGUAACAUAUACAUCAGAAGGCCUUAAGCUGCAACAAAGUGGAGAUUCUAAAACUGAUAAAUAUUACUUGCAAAGAGCGAAUGUAUCAGUAGCUCAGUGUUUUAAGAAGGGUGAAACAGCCUUAUCCGCUAUAAAACCUAUUGUUCUUGGUUCAUCACAAGAAGCUAUGUCAUCUCACCCCAAAGGAAAGUUUCGUCAUGUGCCAAAAAAGAUUGUGGAUGUGUACGUUGCUUUGUUGGAUUAUACACCAGUUGAGUGUGAUCCUGAAGCUAUCCCUCUCAAGGAAGGACAGGAGGUAGAGGUGAUUGACUCCAAAAAGCCCCACAA